AUAAUAAAUGAAAUUUAUGAAAACACAAACAUAGAGUGAAACCAAAACCGCAGCAAAAAAACAUCAUCAUCUUCUACUUCUCUCCGUAACAACAACGUUGUUGCGUGUCGAACAACAAUGAACUCCACUACUUUCUCCAACUGCAGAGCCACUUCUCAUUCAAUUCCUCUCUCUCACCCUUCUCGUCUUCAAUCUUCUCCUUCUCCCAAUUCAAUGAAAUUUAAGCGGUUGGGGUUGGUUAAGAAUCGGUUAAUUACCCGUUGUACUUCUGGGUCUGAUGAAUUUGGUUGUCUUAAUGGAAUUCAGUUAACACCUAAUAAACUUUUCGUCCAAGAGGCAAUUGGGGCUGAAUAUGGGGAAGGAUUUGAGACUUUUCGGGCGGAUGGACCGUUGAAAGUUGAUGUGGACUAUUUGAAUGAUAAGUUACAAGAUGGUAUUCUUCAGCGUAUACGCUAUGCUAUGAAGCCAGAUGAGGCUUAUGGUCUUAUCUUCUCUUGGGAUAAUGUGGUGGCUGAUACUCGAGCUCUGAAGAGGAAGGCAUGGAACCAGCUUGCCUCUGAAGAGGGAAAGGAUAUUCCUGAAGAUGCUGAUAUUGAAAGGUUAAUGCUUAAUACAGGUGCUGAUAAUGUAUUGAAUAAGCAUUUUCUCUCUAAUAAGGAUGAAAGUGAGCUGGAUAGACUGAAGUUGAGGUUUUCUCAAAUAUAUUACGAUAAUCUUCUGAAAGUUGAAAGACCAACGGAGGGCUUGAAAGACUGGUUGGAAGCGGUUUAUACAGCUCGCAUUCCCUGUGCUGUCGUUUCAAGUCUUGAUAGAAAAAAUAUGGUAGAAGCUUUGCAACGAAUGGGGCUCGAUAAGUACUUUCAGGCAAUUGUGACAGAGGAGGAUGGGAUGGAGUCAAUAGCUCAUAGAUUUCUUUCUGCUGCUGUCAAGCUUGAUCGGAAACCUUCCAAGUGUGUUGUUUUCGAAGAUGAUCCUCGAGGAGUAACUGCUGCGCACAAUUGCACAAUGAUGGCUGUAGCAUUGAUUGGAGCAUAUCGCGCGUAUGAUUUGGGGCAAGCUGAUCUUGCUGUUGCCAACUUCAGCGAACUUUCUGUAAUCAACUUGAGGAGACUAUUUGCUAACAAGGGCUCUACAUUUAUGGACUUGGAGAAGCAGAUCAUAGAUAAGAAUCCUCCCAAAAGGAGACUUGGAAUAGACACCAUUUUCUAAUUUAGUUACCUCCCCAUUCUUUUUGCCUCCCCCCCUCUGCCAAUUUUCCUUGUAAUUAAAACAUUAUGCAGCCUAAUUUUAUAUUAUCAAAUAAAUAUCGCAAUCAGUUCGAUCUGAUGUAAUCCUUCUGUUCUACAUGAUAUUUUUUGUUCUCCCGGUUCCCCA